UGUUUUGUAAAAAAAAACAGAACGGCAUGCAAAUACAGAGGGAAGAACAUAGCGUUCCAUGUGAACGCAGGAUCAACUGAUUAUUGGCUAUCUCUUCUAAUUGAGUAUGAAGAUGGUGAAGGAGACAUUGGCUCUAUGCACAUUCGUCAAGCCGGGUCUAAGGAGUGGAUAGCGAUGAAGCACAUAUGGGGAGCAAACUGGUGCAUCGUGGCAGGACCACUCGAGGGACCAUUCUCCGUCAAGCUCACCACUUUGUCCAACAACAAGACACUCUCCGCCACCGACGUCAUCCCCAGUAACUGGGUUCCCAAAGCUACUUACACCUCCCGGCUCAACUUCUCCCCUGUUCUCUAAUUAGCCUCUCUUCAUUAUUUUAUUUUAUUUUUGUUGUGGGAGAGAGUAGCACAAAGAGGACAAUGAGUGAAGAGAGAGAGAGAGAGAGCAAACAGUAAUUAAGUAAUACCAGAGAUCAACUGUAGCCAUCUCCAAAGUUAGGGGAAGAAGAGCUUGCAAUGUAUGUGUCACUACUAACUUUCUAUGUUGUCCCUUUUCUUGUUUUCCUUGUCCAUAGGGAUGUGUGUCA